UUGGCGAGGAUGAAGCAAGAACAGAGCGAGGAGCUGGAUCGGUUUGCUUGUCGACACGUUGCUCGAGGGAAGAGGCUGGCCAAGGGAGACGACGAGAGCGUCGAAGAAGAAAGGGUGGAACGAGAGAGGAGAAGGAGACGACGCGACAGCGAGAAAGAAGACGAGAGCCAGGCGGCAACAGUGAAAGCCGUCGGUGACGAUCCGCAGAUGGCCAGGUUGUACGUCGAGUGGUUGAAGAAUCGUAGGAAACGCGCGACGACCGCCGCCGCUCUCAAGUCCCAGAUGCAGAAGGCGUUGCUCUCCGAGCUGUGGGAGCGAAUGGCGGCGAGAGAGGAGAGAACGUUGGACGAGGCGAUCGCCAGGCGCGUGCUGGACCAGUCGAGGUACGAGAAGCAGAUCGUGACGAAGCUGUGCGAGGUGCGCGAGCAGAAGAACGUGAUGGCGGAGAACCAGAAGGUGGUGAAGGACAUCACCCUGGAGGCGGAGGAGCUGGAGCACCGGGCGAGCUACGAGCGUGCACAGGACUCGAGAAGCAAGCGGCAGAAGGAGAUCGAGACCGAGUGCGCGAGAGUGUGCGAGCUGCGGCGGAGGCUUCGCCUGGCGAAGAUACGAAAGAUACGCGAGAGACACUGGACGAUCUGCAGAGAUGUGGUCGACGACCUGGCGACCAUCGCGUUGAACGUUGGCGACCAUCGACGAGUGAACGACGGCUACGUGCCGCUCACGCUGCUCAGCGAGUGGAAGACGCUGUUUCUCAAGUGUCAGCCGAUCUUCGACGAGGAGAUACCUCGCGACGCCCGACAAGAGAGAGAUGGCUCGGAUCUGUUGCUGAAAUCGGACGCGUGGACGAAGAUCGGCAAGGUCGACGCGCUGAGGGACGCUCUGUUCGACGAUUAUUUGGAAACGAGGCCACCGUGGGACGUGUCGUUGCCGGAGAUCGGCGAGGAAUCGCGUGAGAUCGCGAGGCUUGGUCGCCUGGUGCUCGGACACGUCGUGCAUCGACUUCUCGACGGAUUGUACGCCAAACCUUUGGACCGCUCUCAGAUUCUGCUGUCGAAAUUCAAGAACACGGCGAUCGUUGUGGGGAUAGGGGACGUUGCGGUUUACGAGCUGAUUCGAGCGGUGCUCGAUCGAUCCGGUGUUCGAACGGUGAGAAUGGAGGACGCGAUCAAUCAUUGUCUCGAACGAUACAGGCAAGAAAUGUCCGACGCGCGAUACAUCGACUCGACUAUAAUCGCUGCAACGACGGAGGUUCUCCGAGAAUUAGAGAAUGAGAAGAAACGAGUCUCGUGCUCAGAGAGGUUCGCCAGACUGGAUAAACGUCUUGACGAGUCAGCCUCCGUACCGGAAAUGACGGAAGGGAAAAGUGAGGUUAGAGAAAAGUCGGUCGCUCCGACCAAGACAAGGGAGGAAGAGUCGAACAAUCGCGACAAACAGACGCAAACUCCGAGGAACAUACCGUACGACGAUUUGGAUCCUGUGUUGACCGACACUGCGUGUAUUGGUAAAUGGGCCUACGAGUUUCUAACGUUGGGCGAGCCGAUCACGGACGAUCUCGCGACUAAUAUUUUGAUCGAGUACUUGAAGAGCCUGGUGAACGCGAAAAGUUGGGUUCUGAUUGAUUAUCCGAACACUUACGAGCAAAUGUCGCGGCUGGAGACAGCAUUGACGGGUUCCACUCCACCACCCGAGUCAAAGGAGCGCGAGUUGGAUGACAUUGCCAUGGAGGAUAUCGAAACUUUGAAACCGAGAAUCGUGUACGAGGACAAGUCCGAUCCGUUCGCGUUAAACAGACAGUCGAGACUAGUACCGGAGCCGAUCGCGAGACAGCGUGACGUCGACAUCGUGAGACGCACGUUCGCCGGGCUCUUCGUUCGAGUGAAACAACAACCGAAAUACCUCGAGACAGAGGAUCGAGCUUACGAACUCUUGAAGGAGGACGCGCCGUCGAUCGACAGGUUCUACGCGUCUCUCAGGAUCGCUCGCGUUUUCUAUUACACCAGCUUCGAUUCAGCGACGUUGAAGAAGCUAGUCAGACUCGUGAUGGGCGAUCUUCUGGAGAGGAGACCGUCCGAGGAGUUGUUCGGGGACGCGCUGAGUCCGCUCGAGCGAGACGCGAAACGCGGCGUGGCCUCGCCGAAGGCAGCUGUUGUUCGACAGCUGGUAAUCGAGGUGAUCGACGACGACGUUUACACGACGGAGGAGGAACCGAAAGACCUCGCGUUCGACAACUCUCAGGUGGAAUUAGAACAAGCUAGACCCGGCGAACCUAACUGGCGAUGGAUCGACUUCCCUUUGCCUCCUGUGUUGUUAGAGAACUUGGCGAGACACUGGGAGAGCCUGGAAGAGACGUACGUGGAGGAACUGAAGCAACUGCUCUUCAUCAAGAGCGUUCACUCGUCGAGCGUCGCGCCGUACGCAGAUUUCGUGAAGAGGAACGCGCUGGACUUCGUCAGACGACCGGACAGCAAGCAGGAUCUGUUGCACCGAUUUCAGCGAGCGUUCAACGCGAUCGACGAGGACGCUCGUCACGAUGCGGACGUCAAGUGCGAGCUGCACCGUCGCGUGGCCGACUUUCAAACGGAGCUGUGGGAGAUGUGCGAUCGGAGGAGACGCGAGGCCGAGGACGUGCGGAAGCGGCACGUCGACGAUCACUGGACAGUCCACGAGGCGGUGGUCUUAUUCGACAUGUACGUCGGUAUCGUUCAGGCGGAGAUCGAUCGGUGCGUCGACGCGACGCGUCUGCUGCAAGACUAUUAUCUGGGAAUGGCGAAGAGGCCGCUGCGUGAAACCGGCGUCUCGAAAGUUGUGCUGAACAGGAUCGAGAUCGAGACGGAGGACAACGAACGGCUGAGUUUGAAUCGUUCUUCAAAACCCGCGGAUAGAUCGAUCGAGCGGAAGAGAGGCGAACGAGUCGGAACCAAGAUAGAUAGAUCAUCGGCGAUCGUAACGUUCGCCACGCCUCCGGCUGCCACCGAUCGCGAGUCCCUUCGAAAGGAGAUCGACGACCUGAUGAUCGACAGACAGAAAAUCGUCGAGGACGUGGCGAACGUUGGCCUGUUCCGAGGGAUAUUAGAGAACGUUCGAUACGCGAGAGGCAUCGUGGACGCGUCGCUGGCGGCUAGCAUCGACUCGAUGAAAAAGGAGCAGGCUAGAGACUCCUCCGUCAACUCUGCCGAUUCGAUCGCCGCGAGGGGGCAAGAUUUGGCGUUGGAAUGGCGGUACGCCGUAAGCUACGAGAUUGAAAGGGCUCGUCGGAAAUUGGACUCGAUAGAGAACGUGGCUCGACUGGACAUUGGUUUCUUAUUGAGGACGUUGCAGAGGGCUUUCCACGGGAUUUACGAUGCCAUUGUGGACAGGUUGUACAAAUUUUUGCUCUUUAACACGUUGAUCGUCGGUAACUCGCAUCUUGACGUAUCGUAGAAUUUUUCUGGUGU